AUGUGGAGGACAAAGCAGCAACCUAUUAAACGACCCAAGCUUGGGACUUGGUUAAGAGAAAGAUCUUCUUACCAUCAGCCAUAUGUAGAAAGACUCAAGCAGAUUUAUAAGACUCUUUAUUGGUUACUACUGAUAUCAGUUUUGGCAAAUACAGCACCAAUAACUAUUCUUCCAGGCCCCCCGAAUAGAUUCUACCGAUUGCUGCACCUAUGUUGGAUGGCUUUGUGGUAUGGAUGCUUCGCCUUGGCUUCCUACUGGGAGUUCGUGCUCAUCACCUUACAGAAGGUUUCCUUGGAUCGCUAUCUGAAUGCCAUUGAAUCUGGAAUCUAUGUGAUACACAUUUUUGUGAUAAUGCUCCUUACUAUUCAAAGUAGAAACUGGUUUCCAAAGAUCAUAAUGGAUAUAGUAAGAUCUGAUGUGGAAAUGUGUUAUGCCGUGGAUUGCAAGAGAACCAAAAGGUUUAUCCGGUUGCAGAUGUUCCUUGUCUGGGUUUUUACCUGUUCAGCUAUUUCAAUUGAUGUAUGGAGCCAUAAAUGUGUGAUAUAUAGAUCGAUCCUAAGCAUAAACAGCUUUAUAAUGCCCAAUAUCAUAAGCAGCUUAUCAUUUAUGCAGUACUACCUACUGCUCCAAGGAAUCGCUUGGCGUCAGAGGAAGGUAACCGAGAACCUGGAGCGAGAGUUAUUCCACUCGGCGAACCCUCGAAAAGCUAAAAUCCAAAGAUUUCGGCUGCAUCAUGCGGAUCUCACCAGUUUCACAAAGUUGGUCAACCGCACUUUUCAGUACUCAAUUGUUCUCCUUUUCGUGGGAUGUUUCCUGAAUUUUAACCUGGUCCUGUUUCUAGUAUACCAGGGUAUUGAAAAUCCGGCGCUGAGCGACUUUGCCAAUUGGCUCUAUAUGAUCCUUUGGCUGGCCAUGCACCUGGGAAAGGUGUGCAGCAUCCUGUACUUUAAUCAGAAGAUUCAGAAUGAGCAAUCCAAGUGCUUAACCGUAUUAAGUGGGUUGUCUUGUACUGGAAACGAUCUUCAGGAGAUCGUUAAACACUAUAUUCUUCAAAUGAAGACGAGUGUAAGGCAGCAUGUGGUAGGUGGAGUUAUCGUAUUGGACUUGAAGUAUCUAACAGCGUUACUGGUGGCCUCUGCUGAUUUUUUCAUCUUCCUGCUGCAAUACGAUGUCACCUAUGAGGCUUUGUCUAAAUCGGUUCAGGGGAAUAUCACAAAAAACUAA